AUGGCGUUCCCUUUCCAGACACGCUCUAUCAGCUGGUCCCCGUUCAUUCGCUCAGAAGGAAUCACACUCAAGCGCGCCAGGAGUCCAACCAGCUUGUCAGGCAGCGAAGAUGACAAAGAUGAGUUGCAGGAUAUAAUUGUGAAGAGAAGAGUCGUUGUCUGUUACAGAGAUCGGAAAGGCGGGCUCAGCACUGAAACGCACCCUGACCGGCCCGGUCACAACGUGCCCACCAAAGUUUUCAAGGAAGUUCCUCACCUGAUCGUGUAUCGCGAACUGGAUGAGAACGGUGAAAUGUGUAGAAGAUAUCUGGACAUUAACUCCUGGUCCUUCAUACAACUCUUGCGUCAGGUUGAGAAAUUUACCGUCCAUUCACAAAGCCAGGAUUCAAUGUCCACGGAUAUUCGAUUUGUGGAGCCUUUCGUCGAUCUGUUCUAUCGCCGUGAUGGCCUCCGUGGAUACGUCGAGAGCGUUGAUCCAACUACACCUGAGAUGAGUGUCGACGUAAGAGAGAACAUGGCUUGCGCCACCCAGAUUCUUCAACUCCUUGACAACGAAUUCUCAUUUAUCGGGAACACUCUAGACAGUUUUGACUCAUCACAACCACCUAGCAGCAUAAAUUAUACCGACCUUUGGAUGAUUUAUCGCCCAGGAAAGCCUGUUUUUGGCAUUGCGGAUGACGGUGAGCCGAUUUGCUUAAUGGUAGACUCCGUUGUUUUUGAAAUACCGGGUCCCAGGUCGGAGGUGGUGUCUGUUAAGAACAUGGUGACAUUGCAUUGCUGGGCGAUAGACUACGAUGGACAGCGCUUCCGCCGCCGAGGAUACUCAAUCGUUCUCGGACCCUUUGUUGGGACGAUGGAGAUCUCCAAUCUGCCCUGGCUACCGGAACGGUUUCUGAAAGAUGCUGACAAGAUCAAGGCUACUCUGAAGACAAGAGGCCGGGCUUUCUGGGACAUGCAGGGCCAGAGUUAUCGCCAACUGAGAGAUGACCCUCAAUCGGCGUUGGAAAGUGACGAAGCCAUCAGAGUCAUGGUCGACGAAGCGAUGUAUCGAAGUUUACGGGCUCGGGACACCGACGCGGCAAUGGGAUCUCCCCUGUACGAGGACGACAAUAUAAGCCAUGUUGCCCACGUUGACGGCAUACCAGGGGGUGUCCUUCGUGGGGCAAGAGUUCCCAUCAACGAUUUGGGAAUCAUCCCCGGGUCGAACUACUCCAAGGUUUGGUUCAAUGAGUACGACAACAUCGAUCCGGCGUCCGAGCCAGACGAAUUGGUCCUUAUGUUGUGUCCGAGAAAGGUACAUGCUUUUUGCAUGCGAGACAAACUUUGGCAUGAAUAUAGCGUCAGCAAAUUGGAACCUGUGCAGUUCCGCGAAAAUGCAUGGUCUCGGCUAGUUCUAGAACGAGAAUACAAGGACGUCGUACAGGCCAUGGUCAAGUCAUAUCUUAGCAAGACAUUCAAGUUUCAAGACCUGGUUUUGGGAAAGGGUGCUGGACUUGUCAUCCUUUUGCAUGGACCUCCUGGCGUUGGAAAGACACUCACCGCAGCCGGCGACCUUGGAACGAAUCCUCACGAAUUAGAAUUGAAGCUAUCUACCAUCUUUGACUAUGCGGUCAGAUGGAACGCAAUCUUGUUACUCGAUGAGGCCGAUGUCUUUCUCCAAGAUCGUGACUAUGAGAAUCUGAGUCGCAACGCCUUAGUAUCCAUCUUUCUCCGAACUUUGGAAUACUUCAACGGCAUUAUGUUCCUUACCAGCAACCGCGUGGGGGCCUUAGAUCAAGCCUUCCAGUCCCGCAUCCACAUUACGUUAGGAAUUCCAGAGUUCGACUGGACUCGCCGUAAAGACGUCUGGGGGAUCUUCAUCAAAGACCUGGGUCGCAAGCGUCCCGAUGGCUCCCCUCCCCUUUUGACACACGACGAGUGUCGCGAACUGGGCCGCGAGGUUGUGGCGUCAUGGGCCAAGGAACCGAUCAACGGACGGCAGAUCCGAAAUUGCGUGCGGAGUGCUCUCGCAUUAGCUGCGGACAAGGGGGAGAAAUUGAGUGCGAAGCACUUCAAUACAGUGAUCCAACUAGGCAACACUUUUACGCAGUAUAUGAAGAGGUUGCAGAAGGCAGAGUCGGAGGAGAUUGCCCAAAUGAAAGGUGACCGACUGGCAACGAUGCGGGAUAUUAUGAUGGAGACAACCCGGAGGGAGAACGAAAAUCACGGUGGGCUGUGA